AUGAGAAGACAAGAGCCUUUCUAUAUGCAGUUUGUUAGACGAAGCCAAGAAAAAAAAAGAGAAAGAGAAAGCAUGCUACUUAACAACGUAUCGACCAGUCUUAAGAAGAGUAUAGGAUAUUCUAUACUUCUAAAUAUGGGUUGGAAUACAAAUGAAGGACUUGGCAAGAAUAAAGACGGGCGCACUACAAUCGACGGGCUAGUCCAGCAAAAAAAACGGAUAAAAAGAGCAUGCCCAUACCAAAUGGACUAUAGAGCAUCUGAGGAGGAGUACAACAGGCUUCUUAAGGAGAAAGCCGCUUGCAAUAGAGAAUAGAGUAUUUUUACUUAAAUAGAAAGAUAUUUGCCCACAUAUUAGAAA